CCAUUACCUGACCAUUUUUGUAUAUUGUAAAAUGUUACACUGCGGGCGCAGUCUUGUGUUGCUUGGUUUGAUUUUGUCCUUAAUGGCGUUUUUAGUAACAGCCGAAGCCGACAAUGCAGCGCCGCCAUCAGAGGAAGAUGACAAUUCAUCCUCAGAGGAAACCGUUGAAGAUUCCAACGAGUCUCGUCCCAAACGAUCAUUAGAGGCAACAAGUGGGGAAAAUACAAAUAAAGGCGGUGAUGGAAAGUUAGCGGGAAAAGCUGGUAUACCAGGAUUGCCUGAUCCAGCAACAAUUCUCAAAAUAGUGGAGAUUCUUCGAACCUUGGGUGAGAAAGUCGUGCCGAUACUUGUCGAAGGUAAUUCCGUGGCAAAUUUAGUAGCCGAGCGAGUGGGCGAAAACUAUAAACUUUUAAAAGAUUUUAAAAAAGAAAUAGAUUUUUUAACGGAUGCUCUUAGGUCAAAAAAAUAAUUUAAAAUAUUAUACAACACGAUUAAAUUUGAAAUUUGCAAAAAAUUUAU